AGCAUCCAUCACCUGAAAACGAAAGCCCAAGUACAGCAGGCAGCAGCGGCCCCCAAUGGCCAACCAAACGGCCUUGUUCGUGGCUCUGUUCCUGCUUGUGCUCGUGGCGAAGCACGCCGAGGCGAGGCAUACGCGGCUCGUCCCGGCGGUCUUCGUGUUCGGCGACUCGACCGUCGACGUCGGGAACAACAACUUCCUGGGCACCCGCAAGGAAGGCAGGGCCAACUUCCCACAGUACGGCGUGGACUUCCCCACUUCGAAGCCGACCGGCCGGUUCAGCAAUGGCUUCAACACGGCAGACCAGCUGGCUCAGUUGCUUGGGUUCGCGAUGAGCCCACCGGCCUACCUCUCUCUGACGGGGCGCAAACUCAGAUCACAGAUGUUCAAGGGCAUCAACUUUGCGUCAGGAGGGUCAGGGCUUGGAGACCACACCGGCCGUCUCGUGGUCGGUGAGGUGAUACCGAUGAGCCUGCAGCUGGAGUACUUCGCGACGGUUGUGGAGCACAUGUGCGAGACUGCAGGUUCCAAGAAAACGGCCAGCCUCCUCUCCAGGUCCAUCUUUUUCAUCAGCGUCGGCAGCAACGACAUGUUCGAGUACUCCUUCUCCCGUAGCAACGACAUCAAGUUCUUGCUUGGACUCGUCGCCUCCUACAAGUACUACCUGAAGGCCUUGUACCACCUGGGCGCGAGGAAGUUCAGCGUCGUCAGCAUCCCGCCGCUGGGGUGCACCCCGUCGCAGAGGCUGCGGCGGCUGGCGCAGAUGGGCACCCAGGGCUGCUUCGACCCGCUGAACGACCUCUCGCUGCGGUCCUACCCGCUGGUGGCCGCCAUGCUGCAGGACCUGUCCCACGAGCUGCCCGGCAUGGCCUACUCCCUGGCGGACGCCUUCACCAUGGUCUCCUUCGUCGUCGCCAACCCCAAGACAAAGGACUGGAGCUUCACGGAGCUGGAGGCGGCGUGCUGCGGCGCGGGGCCAUUCGGGGCGUCGGGGUGUAACCAGACGGUGCCGCUGUGCGGCAACCGCAACGACCACCUGUUCUGGGACGGCAACCACCCGACGCAGGCCGUGUCUGGCAUCGCCGCCCAGACCAUCUUCGCCGGCAACCGGACGUUCGUCAACCCCAUCAACGUCAUCCAGCUCGCCAUGCUCUGAUUUGUAUACGCGGCGGACACCGCUCAAUAAAUAAAAGCAGUAGACAGAUACAGAUACACAUAGGAUUUGCCGGGUUGAUCAGCGGGUAUAAAACUCGCUGGUAUCAGAAAAACUAUCUUCGAAUUAUUUUUUAAUGGUAAGGAUUUUUUUUUUUUGGGUUACAAGUUUGUGUCACGAUGUUCAGUUUCACAUUGCGUGCUGUUUCGUUCGA